AUGUCGGGCAGGCGUCUGCUGGAUGCUAUCCAGUUCCUCAAUGUCUCCAAGACGGUCGCUGCGAAACACCUGGCCAUUCGCCAGCACCAGCUCGAUGUCUACACCCGCACUUCCUCGUUAACUAAGGGCAUCAAGGACCAGGUCGACGGUCUGGUCCUGACCGCACAAGCCGCUGCCGCUUUGGCGCGUCGAUUUAACGACUCGCCGCCGAGCCCUUCGCCGAACGCCGCUCCGGAGCCAUCGGCCGAUAAACCUACCAGCCCCAGGACUAGUGCAACCUCACCCCCUCCGGAUGUGGCACGGAAGCUACAACGUCAGGCUGAAUUUCAGGUCCCGGCUUCCGCCGCUCAAUAUGAGGGCAAUGAGAAUCCGGACUCGUUAAAUGUCAGCCAGCAGCAGGAUGUGUUCUAUGAGCCUUCGAAGCAGAAUGGCCCGGACCUCUCCGCGCUGCCUAGGGUCAAGUUACCGAAGGCGGCCGGCAACGUUCAAGCUGGUGUAGGUGAUGGGUUGAAUGCCGAUGUCUUCCAUGCAGCCACGGGCCCAGAGAAGAAGACUGCGGAAGAGCUCCCUGAAGAGAUGAUGCAGGGUCUCUUCCACAGUCGGAGGGUUGGCCGCAUGCUCUCCGGCAAACCGGCACCCAAGAAGGACUGGAAGCCGGUGGAGCAGCCUCUUCGGCCAAGUCAGCCGACCGUAGCAUUAGACCCUCAAUCCGAGGUCCUUACGAAGGCUCAGGAACAGGAGAUGGCAAAUCUGGGCGCGAGUAUCGCCGAGGAUGUUGUGCCACCUGCGCAAGUCGUGGAAGAGAAGGUGCCUUACCAGAUGUUGGAAUCUCGGGUACCUUCCUCCCGAAUUGGUAGACUCUGGCAGUAUGCCGGGCUAGGCACCUCGAUGGCAUUUGGUGCCGUCAGCGAAACUAUUCGGCGGGCGAGCGGUAGUCAAGACACCGGAUCGGUCAUGUUCAGUGCGGGCAACAUGGAACGAAUGGUGGCCAAGCUGUCGAAGAUGCGUGGUGCAGCUCUCAAGCUGGGCCAGAUGCUCAGCAUCCAGGACUCUAACAUGCUGCCCGAGCCGAUCCAGCAAGUGCUCCAGCGUGUCCAAGACCGUGCAGACUACAUGCCUGCAUGGCAGCGUGACAAGGUCCUAUCUGAUAAUCUCGGACCAAACUGGCGAGACCUGUUCUCCUCCUUCAACGACGUGCCAAUGGCAGCCGCCUCCAUCGGCCAAGUCCACUCGGCCGUUCUCAAAAGCACCGGCAAGCCCGUCGCCGUCAAAGUUCAGUACCCUGGCGUAGCCGACUCCAUUGACUCAGACUUGAACAACCUAUCCAUCCUCCUCACAGCCUCCCGCCUCCUGCCUCGAGGCCUCUACCUCGACAAAACCAUCGCGAACGCUCGCGUCGAACUCGCCUGGGAAUGCGACUACCUCCGCGAAGCAGAAUGUGGCGCACGCUUCCGCGAACUCCUCCGCGACGAUCCUGUCUUCGUCGUGCCCGAAGUCAUGCCCGAAGCCUCCGGGAAACAAGUCCUGACUAUGGAAAUGCUCGAAGGCGUAGCAGUCACCAAAAUCCAAAACUUUACCCAAGAGCAACGCGACUGGAUCGGAACCCAGAUCAUGCGUCUCUGCCUGCGCGAAAUCACAGAGUUCCACUACAUGCAGACAGACCCCAACUGGACCAACUUCCUUUACAAUGCCCGCACCAACCGCCUCGAACUCCUUGAUUUCGGUGCCUCUCGCGAGUACCCCACAAACUUCAUCUCGACCUACGUCCGCACCCUCGUCGCCGCCUCCCGCAACGACCGCGCCCUUUGCCAGGACCUUUCCCUGCAACUGGGAUACCUCACCGGCAUGGAGUCUCAGGCUAUGGCAGAUGCCCACGUCACUUCUGUCGUAACCAUCGCCGAGCCGUUCAUGCUCUCCUCGCCUGAUCUAUACGACUUCCGCAAUCAGACUAUCACGGACCGCGUACGCGCUCUCAUUCCGCUAAUGAUCCGUGAGCGUUUGGCUCCGCCGCCUGAGGAGACGUAUAGUUUGCACCGAAAGUUGAGCGGUGCUUUCCUGCUCUGUGCAAGAUUGGGUAGCCGGGUUCCUUGUAAGGAGUUGUUUGCGGAGGCCAUUCGCAAGGCUGAGGCGAAGGGGUUACAGGUUGACGCGCAGAAAUAG